AUGGAUAAGCGCGUUUUUCUUUUCCUAAUUGUGCUGGUAGCCUUCUCUGUUGAGGCCAAGAAGAAAAUUCCAAAAAAGAAACUUAAUCAACUGAAAGGUAAAAUAUUAGGAGAACGCUACACAGUUAGUGCGAUUAUCCUAUUUAUGAAGUGCAAUAAUUUAUGGCUGACACUGGCAUGUACUGGCGUGUUCGCUAGAGCGAUUCAGCACGAGUUCAAAGAUGAAAAGUAGAAUGAGAAAUGUAAAAGCUGAUAAUAUUCAAACUUAUAAAAAGUAUAACAGUCUUCCUAUCUUUUAAAGGACUUUUGAGGCAGCGGUAAGAAAGUUUAGUGAAUUGUUCUUCAGGUAGCUAUGCGUUGCUUUAUUUUUUCAUAGUAAUGCAACGAUUAAAAACCUUCAAAAUUUGUCUAAAAUAUAUCUUUCAUCAGAACUAAACAGACAGACCCUUGCACAACGAAUAUCCAUCGACACCGUUAGGAUUAUUGCCAUGAAAUACAACGUUGCAAGUUCGCAAAAUUUUGAUGGGGGGUAAAAACGUGCCCCCCUACCAAACUGAACAUCUUCAAAAUUUGGCGAAUUUGUUGAGCUACAUGUUCGUUAGAUUUUAAUAAAUCACUCUGAGACUUGGCAGAUUUACUAUUAUUAACGCGUACUUUCCAGAGGUGUCGAUAAAUUUUCGCCUAGUUGUCCUUACCAAAACUUAAAAAUAAGAAUCAUGAAGGGUCGUCUAUUAUCAUAAAUGUCAUUUUACCACUGAGUACCAGCAGGUUUCUCCACCCGUCGAGAAACAAAAGCAGAUAAAGACGGGUGUAACAAAAGCGUUUUUACUUUCUUAGUUGUUAGAGAAAAUAAUUCAGUAAAUGAACUGCAACCCUUUCAUUUCUUUUGACUUUUUAUGAUUUGAACCUAGCUGAGUAUUAUUUGGUUGUUAAAAUACACAGUUAAUGGCUGUGUAAGAGUAAGGGUAGAGUGACAGGAUGCCAUCUGGUUUCCCAAUGUGGUAUUACUAUAAACAAGAGAGAAUUAUCAGGAGAUAAGGAGGAAAAUGCUCGGUCUAAAUCCCGUAUAGCUUUGCUGUUUCUCUUGUGUACGACGUAGCGUACCCGGUCACGGCUAGAGGGGUACGCGUAAUUUUAAACACGUACAAUUUAGUAGUUAUUUUAAGUAGAUAAAUGGUUUUCUGGCCUGGUUCUAAGCCUUCCUGCAACUGUUGAGAGCAAACAAUAUUUAGAUAUCAGAGUGUGUCAAAUGAAAACGGCCUAGAACACAGUUUUCCUUAGCGCUGUCUGAACUAUUGUUUGAACAACCUUCCCUCAAACUCACAACUGGUAGGAUAAUCCUCCUGCACUCUUUUGAGGUUCGAUAAUAAUAAAUCAGUUUGUUUUCAAAUUUUAAGCGUUGGUUCAAAACUUUACUUUCUUACUUUACGCAAAGUGAUAACAAUAUAAUAAUAAUUUUGUGGUUUUAUUUGCCCAUCUUAGGAGCUAAGAAGUGCGGUUACGGAUGCCCAACCACCUGCCCCUGUCAACCAACCUGCUGUGCACCGCCACCACCACCACCACCACCUCCAGUAUGCUGCCCUCCCCCUCCUCCACCUCCACCCCCUCCAAUCCAGACAUCUAGCCAGUCAACUCUAUAUCACCAUCACUUCCAUCCAGCACCUCCUCCCCCUCCUCCUCCCCCGCCAGCUCCCUGCCCACCACCUUGCCACUUCGGCCACACCUUACAUCACCACGUGUACCACCAAAGCCCACCAGGCCCUCCUCCUGCCCCUAUGCCGUCACCUCCUCCUUACUCCACUCAAUCUCAUCAACACGUUUUUAUCCAUCACACGCACCCCGCACCACCACCUCCACCACCACCACCGCCGGCGCCCUGCCCACCACCCUGUCAUUCUGUCCAGACAGUUCACGUAGCUCAACACCACUUCCCACCACCUCCCUGUCCUCCACCAUGCCCACCUCCUCCUCCUCCCUGUCCUCCUCCAUGCCCAGUAACUUGUGCCCCGCCCUGCAAUGUUUGCUGUAAGAAGGCCAAAGUACAAAAGGACAAGAAAAAGCAGGACGACAAAGAAGAGAAGAAAGAAGAGUAA